GGCAGUCAAAGAUCCAAUUCGCUAAAAUGUUGGUCUUGUUGGAAACUCCAGCAGGUUAUGGCCUGUUCAAGGUGACAAAUUCCAAGAUUUUAGAAUGUAACGCUGACCAAGUGUCUAGUUACUUUGAGGAUUCGGCCAUGGCCAAGUCAUCGGUCGCCCUCAAGUCGUUCAUGAAGUUCAAGAGCAGCGACGACGCGCUCAAGGAGGCGAAUGCGCUCAUGGACUCAAAGCUGGGCAAGGGGUUGAAGAAGUUCUUGACUAAGAACAUCGUAAAGGGCGAUCUCCGCGAGGAAGUGGCCAUCUCCGAUAAACUGCUCGGCGUUGAGGUCCAGAAUAAGCUCAAUAUACAGGUUAUUUACAACCCAAACACACUGGAAAUCGUAAGGGGGAUAAGGCUCUACUUCCAUGAUCUGGUCAGCGGACUCUCUGAGGAGGAUACCAACGCUAUGGCUCUGAGUCUCUCCCACUCGCUGACGCGCUUUAGGCUGAAAUUUAGCCCUGACAAGGUUGACAUCAUGAUCGUCCAGGCCAUUGGCUUGCUCGAUGAUUUGGAUCGCGAAAUUAACAAGUUUGGAAUGCGCCUCAAGGAGUGGUAUGGAUGGCACUUUCCCGAGCUCACAAAGAUUGUCCCCGACACCCUGCUUUAUGCAAAGGUUGUAAAGUUGAUUGGAGUAAGGACAAAUGCAAAAACUAGCGACCUAGCUAGCAUCUUACCCACCGACCUGUGCAGCGAGAUCCACCAAGCCGCUGAAAUCUCAAUGGGAUCUGAGAUAUUUCCGGAUGAUCUGGAAUCUAUAACCGAGCUGGCAGUAAGAUUAGAGGAACUUAUAGAAUACAGGGGGAACCUUGAAGAAUAUCUCAAAUAUCGCAUGAACGUCCUAGCACCAAAUCUGACCUACAUGGUCGGUGAGUUGAUUGGUGCACGUCUACUAUCACACGCUGGGUCUUUAAUGUCACUCGCCAAGCAUCCCGCAAGUACAAUCCAGAUUUUAGGAGCUGAGAAGGCCUUAUUUAGAGCUCUAAAGAGCAAAUCCUCUACUCCUAAAUAUGGACUUAUAUACCAUGCCUCGCUUGUUGGUCAAUCCACCCCCAAACUCAAGGGUAAAAUAUCGCGUAUUUUGGCAGCCAAGUUGGCGCUCUGUAUUAGGGUUGAUGCUUUGAAGGAGAACGAGACGCCAACUGUCGCUAUUGAGAACAAAAAGUAUGUGGAGAACAGGCUCCAGAUUCUGUCCAGCCAAGGAUCCAACCACAUUCAAGAGGUGCGAUCCAAGACUCCCUAUCGACCUUCAUGGGAAUCCAAUGAACAAAAUAACAAGAAGAAAAAGACAUGA